CCCUCGUGUUUCUUUGCGCUAAUGUUCGACUCUGACAACCGAGACGCUGGGCUACGAGCAACCGCCGCUUCUCUAUAUUAUCUGCUGUUGAUUUUACAGGAAAACAGUAGCGUGUUGGAGGUGAGGCUGGUGCAUUGGUAGGAUCGUCACAGCGCGGCGGUGAGGAAGGUGGCGACGCAUACUCGAGUAUCGAGUCCGUUCAGAUGUAGCAGCGGAACAGUUCAAUCUGAGCACAGCUGAUCACCGCACACGCGACGUCAUGCCUUCCGACCGAAAGAAUGCCGAGCCGCCGCGCGUGUACGCGGUGGGAGACUUCAGCUGGAUGGAGGACGAGCGCUACGGCGGUAAGAAGUCGCUGUGGACGCGCGUAAAGGAAGAUCCGCUGGUGCCGCUGGGUUGUGCGCUAACUACAGCCGUGUUACUGGGCGGCUUGGUGACAUUCCAACGCGGCCAGUCCAAACUUGGCAACAAGUUCAUGCAGGCACGCGUCGUGGCACAGACAGCAACCGUCGUCGCGCUGGCGGGAGGCGCUGCGAUGGCUGCUGGGGAGAAGCAGGAGAAGAAGAAACAGAGCUACGAGGACCGCAUGGAAAUCAAGCUGAGAGACGAGUAAGGGCAGCAGAGCUAACCACACCAUGAAGAAGGAUUAUGCCCAUUUUGCUAUUCAGCAUCGUACACACGUUCGUUUGAGCGUGGCCGCAGAAUCAGGUCAUACGUAUUGGGACUUCCGUUGGCUCCGAUGUUGAAAGAGUUCGUGUAUGUGCAGGACGAAUUCUAGUCUACUUAAGGAAUUCGACCAUAACAAGGCAAAAGGCAAACGAAAAGUGCAUUAGAAGACGAUACACGCUACGUGCUACAUGCACUGAUUUGCGUGUUGUCUGCUUACUUGCUGCUGAGACGGUGCUCGACAUAUCACUCUUUCAAUAAAAUGGGCUACGACACUGACCUUCUCUUCUAC